CUUUCCUUUUGCAUGAUACCAUUCAUUCCUUUCGCGAGUUGACUCUUUGAGGAUCAUCCGACAAAUUGUUGAUAGACAAGUUACUUGCACACAAGUCACGAAUCGCCAAUAUGUCGGAAGGAGAAGAGCCCACUUCCCCCGUCGAAGAAGUCGCCGCGGCCGAUGAGGUCGAAGUCUCUGGCGAUGCCGGCGCCUCCGGUUCCAUGUCCGUCCUUGACGCUCUGAAAGGCGUUCUCAAACUCGCCCUCAUCCACGACGGCCUCGCCCGCGGCCUGCGCGAAGCCUCCAAGGCCCUCGACCGCCGCCAGGCACACAUGUGCGUCCUCAACGAGGCCUGCGAGGAGGAAGCCUACAAGAAGCUCGUCGUCGCCCUGUGCUCGGAGCACAAGAUCCCGCUGAUCAAGGUCCCCGACGGCAAAAUGCUCGGCGAGUGGGCGGGCCUGUGCGUCCUGGAUCGCGAGGGCAACGCCCGCAAGGUGGUCAACUGCAGCUGCGUCGUGGUUAGGGACUGGGGCGAGGAGAGCCAGGAGCGCAACGUCUUGUUGAACUACUUCCAGACCGAGCAGUAGACGAGCACGGAGAGACUGCUGUCACCGCUACCGCCACCGCUGCUGCUGCUGCUGCUUGUCUACUCUUUCUAUCAAUUUUUACCUUGCCGCUCGCUGGGAUAGGGUUGGUGGGAGGCGGACAUGGACAUGGACAUGGCCGGGGAGACGGAGACGGAGACGGAGACGCAGGCGGAGGAGACUAUGCGGUGGCUGUGUGCGCUGCGUACGGGACGAGAUGGCUGGUCGGAAGAAUUCAAAUACCCUCACACUACCUUUGCUCUACUUUUCUCUACUGUACCUUGCUAUGCUCUGCUAUGCUCCGCUUUGCUUCGCAUGGCAAGGCAUGGCAUGGCAUGGCACAACGCGCAAGGAAGGGACGGAAUCCUGGAAAGAGCAAACCCCAAAAGAAAAGAACAAAGUCACACGGGCAAAUGGAAAAAACAACUACCCAACAAAACCAAACACACAAACCUUCAAAGGAUCUUUUUCUCCCUUCUUGAGGGGAAGAAAGAAAACUCUUCCCCCCCC